AUGUCCUCACCCAACAUCCCCAAAACAAUGGGCGCGAUCGACAUCAAAGGCGGCAAAGGCGGCAUCUCCGCGCUCUUCCUCAACAAAGAAACGCCCGUGCCCAAACCCACCGCAACUCAAGCCCUCGUCAAAAUCAAGGCCUUCGGCCUCAACCGCAUGGACCUCCUCCAACGCGAAGGCCUCUACCACUUCCUCCGCAAGCCCCCGCCACCCUGGGCCUCCGAACACGAGCGCGAUUUCAAAAUCGGCUCGGAGGUGUUUGGGCUGGCGUAUGGAGGCGCGUACGCGGAAUAUAUAGCCGUGAGCACACACAUGCUGGUGCAUAAGCCCGCGGAGUUGAGCUGGGAGGAGGCGGCGGGCGUGCCGGAGACGUGGAUUACUGCGACGCAGGCGCUGUGGAUGAUUGGCGGGUUGGAUGAGACUAUUGGGAAUAAGGCCACGAAGGAUAAGAGGGUGUUGUGGCAUGCGGGUGCCAGUGGGGUGAGUAUUUCUGGGGUGCAGCUGGCGUUGAGUGAGGGGGUGAAGGAGGUGUUGAUUACGACGAGUAGUCAGGAGAAGAUUGAUUUUGUGAAGGGGUUUGUUGAGGGUGGGAAGGAGAAGGUGUUUGGGUUUAGGUAUAAUGAUCCGGAGAAGCCGUGGGAGAAGGCGGUGUUGGAGCAUACUAAUGGGGAGGGGGUGGAUCUUAUCAUCGACUUCAUUGGUGGAUCGUACUUCAAUGCGAAUUUGGAUGCGGCGGCGCAGAACGGACGCAUCGUCAGCUUAGGCACCAUGGGCGGCGCGAAAGCCGACGUGCCCGGUGGUGUGGACAUCGGUCGGUUCUUGAGAAAGAGGUUGAGGUAUGAAGGCAGCACAUUGCGCGCGCGAGACGAGGCAUACCAAGGGAAGUUGAGGGAUAUGCUCAACGAGCAUGCGCUUCCGAGGUUUAAGGAUGGGAGGUUCAAGGUGCCCAUGGAGAAGGUUUUUAGUUGGAAGGACGUGCAGGAUGCGCAUAGGAUGUUGGAGGCGAAUACCAGUAAGGGGAAGAUUAUAUGCGUAGUCGACUAA